GAGUCAGAAGAGCGGCUCAUGAACUGGCUCCUCUCAAAGGAUCGUUAUAACAACCUCAUCCGGCCUGCCCUGAACAGAACGGAAAGAGUGACCGUGAAUCUGCAGGUCUCUCUGGCACAGCUCAUCAGCGUGAAUGAGAGGGAGCAAAUCAUGACGACAAACGUAUGGCUCACACAGAACUGGAAUGAUUACAGACUGUCGUGGGACCCGUCCAAAUACGAGGGAAUUGACAAGCUCCGAAUUCCCUCCCGACACAUCUGGCUACCUGACAUUGUAUUAUACAAUAAUGCUGAUGGCACGUAUGAGGUGACAGUCUUCACCAACGCUAUCGUGCUGUUUAACGGCAGCAUCGCCUGGCUUCCUCCUGCCAUCUACAAGAGCGCCUGUAAGAUUGAGGUCAAGCACUUCCCCUUUGACCAGCAGAACUGCACACUAAAGUUCCGCUCAUGGACGUACGACCACACGGAGCUCGAUCUUGUCCUAAAAUCUGACGUGGCCAGUAUGGAUGACUUCACUCCUAGUGGAGAGUGGGACAUUUUAGCUCUGCCAGGAAGGAGGACAGUCAACCCUCAUGACCCGACUUACGUGGACCUGACGUAUGACUUUAUCAUCAAGCGAAAACCUCUCUUCUACACCAUCAACCUCAUCAUCCCCUGCGUCUUGAUCACCUCUCUGGCCAUCCUGGUUUUCUAUUUACCAUCUGAUUGUGGUGAGAAGAUGACCCUGUGCAUCUCUGUCCUCCUGGCCCUCACUGUCUUCCUCUUACUGAUCUCCAAAAUUGUUCCUCCGACAUCCUUGGAUGUCCCUCUAAUUGGCAAGUACCUGAUGUUCACCAUGGUGCUGGUGACCUUCUCCAUCAUCACGAGUGUAUGCGUACUCAACGUGCAUCAUCGAUCCCCGAGUACGCAUACCAUGCCGAAGUGGGUGAAGCUGGUCUUCCUGGACAAACUUCCCAUGUUGCUUUUUAUGCGAAGGCCUGAAGGGCUCUCAUCCCGGCAGAGGUUACGCCAGCGGAGACAUCUCAAAGGUAAUAAGGCCUUGCUUGGGCUUAGGUGUGGAGCUCCCUGUAAGUCAGGAAUGUCCUCUUCCGCCUCAGUCUUGCUUGCUGCAUCUUCAUCAUCAGUGCUGUCUUCACCAGGACACUUUUACAACAAAGGGACUAGCUUUUACAGGAAAGGUGAUCAGCGGGCUACAGAGUUCCUGCCCAACCAGGGAGACAUGAGAGGAGGUGGAGGGCAAUCAGAUCUGGGGGCAGAUGUUCAAGAAGCAGUGGAUGGAGUUCGUUAUGUAGCUGACCACAUGAUGGGAAAUGAUGAUGAUCAGAGUGUCAUUGAAGACUGGAAGUACGUCGCCAUGGUGGUGGAUCGGCUGUUUCUCUGGAUCUUUGUAAUUGUGUGUGUGGUCGGGACGUUGGGCCUUUUCCUUCAGCCAGUCUUCCAGCACCAGGCAGUUCCUGUCUCUCAGCCGAAUGUUGAAUCCGCUAGGAGGGAUGGGAUGUAAAGAAUGCAUCAAUAUGGGAUGACAAAUACCAGGUCUAAAUUUCCAAAAAGGCAUUGAAAAAGGACUUGUGGUAUAAUCUUGAAGACGGUUUUCUUUUAAUAUGAAGGAUAAAUCAGUCUUGAAUGAUGGAUAGAAACGAUGAAGACUUUAUAAUGGAUGGCUGAAUGCUUUCAGGAUUACAGCACAAGUCAAAUCACCUUGACUGAUUUCUUUAGACCCUGAAAAACGCCUAUAGGCAUCCAACCAGGGCGAAAAAUGUCACGGAUUUUUGAUUAGACAUCGUCAAGGUCAUCGAUUAGCUAACAUCACUUGCCUUCAUAAUUAAGUCCACUGAUAUGCACAGCCAGUGGUGCUUCAAGGUAAUAAGAUUAUAUUAGGACACUUCAUCUUAAGACGAGGUCACUGUUCUGGUCAGAAAAAUAUUCUUUCAAUAAACCAUGAAUGAAAUAUUUAUCAG